UAAACAUUGUGGGUUAUUUCCCAUUUACGCGUUGUCAUUUCUAACUGCGUGGCCUUGUUUACACACAACCAGUGACGUGUAACUAGGUGUAUAUAAAUACCCGACUUGGUAUGCCGUACGUAAUGUAUACGAGGGGUGUGUUUGUAAAUUAACCAUUACAGCAACGAUGGGUGGUAUAUUUGGCAAAUUAUUCCGCAAGCGUGAAUUUAGAGUUCUAUUAAACGGACUUGAUGCUGCUGGUAAAACAACUAUUCUUUACAGACUGAAACUGGGUAAAGUUGUCACAACGAUUCCUACAAUAGGAUUCAACGUGGAGACAGUCGAACAUAAGAACAUACAGUUGGUGACUUGGGACAUAGGAGGCAGGGGCAAUAUUCGGCCUCUUUAUAGACAUUACUAUAGUGGAACUAGUGCCUUUGUUUUUGUAGUUGAUAGUAAUGACAAAGAACGAAUUGAAUCCGCCCGGGAGGAACUCCACCGUACCGUGAAAGAGGAAUCACUGAAGGAUGUUGUGCUUGUCGUUGUGGCUAACAAACAGGAUAUAUCCGGAGCUCUGACUCCAUUAGAGAUAAGCGAGAAAAUGGACAUCAACACCAUCCGUAAAUCACACCUGUGUGAAGUGUUUGGUACCACAGCCACCACCGGGGAGGGAUUGUAUGAGAUGCUGGACUGGCUUGUAGAUGCUACUACUAGGAAACAAGCAGGAGAAAUAUUGAGAGGAAAGGACGAGAGUGCAACCGUGAAAAAGGAGUCAAAAUCAUUUUACUUUACGUCACCUUUUUCAUAUAUCAAACAAGUGUUUUCAAAGGUGUGAAGAAUGUCCUUUUCGAUGGUGUGGUUUGACGUUCGUUUGAAUGUUGACGCUAUAUUAAGAUUUAUCGUUGUAGACUAGUGUCGUGAUUCAUUAAUUUUAUAAUAUUUAGCCUUCAUAAGAAAACUUUAACAAACGUGGAUUUGUUUUAUAUCACUUAUCGUUGAAUGGUAUGAAACUAAAAUAACUCAUGUUUAUAUUUAUUUUUUAUUUAAUUUUGAUAUCAAUCUGUUAUCUUGUUAUUGUUAUUAAACUUAAUGUCAAUACUA